AUAAGAAAUCCUAAAAGAGAUGUAUAAAAAUUGGCAUUGAGAUUUGGGAAAAAAUGAUCCCUGUGAGAAUGAUGAGAAAAAUGGUGUGGGAGAGAAGCAUGAAUAAAUUAUCAAGAGGUCUGAGUUCGUCUCAGAUUCGAAAGCCAAGGUCUCCAUCUCUUGUUUCACUUGACCUCAUCGAUGAGUGGUCUUCCAGUUUCACUCGUUCUCACUCUCAUCCAAUCCAAAAAUCCAGUAAGCACUGCCCUAAUUCUAUAUUUAUUUUUGUUUCUUUUAUAACAAUUUUGUAACACAUUGCUUCAAUUAUUAACUUUUUUAUUGUGUUCUUGCCAUCUUGUUUUGUUUUGCUGAGAUUUUGAAGAGGAAAACUCUCUUCACCUAUCCCUGGGAUAAUAAAUUACUUACUUAAGCCAUCAUUCUUAGGUUACUCAUAUUAACCUUAAAAUACAAGUAUAAAAUUUAUUACCAGUCUAGCUUCGAUCACAUAUUUGAUUAGGUACAUUACUGGGUUCUAAGUUUUUUCUCAACAUAAUCAUCUUAUGGAUUUGUUCUGUGUUCUUGAGAAGCUUUGACUCAUAGAUGUGGCUGUAUUUUGUGGUAGUCAGAAAAUGGUGUAUGAGUAUUUAUCAUUCUUCCAAUGCUGGAUAGUUUUUUCUAGUCAAGUGCAUACUUCAAUUAGAGCACUCAAUGCUAUUUAGUUGUUAUUUUGAGGCCAAACUUAACAGAGGAACCAAAUUUUAAAGAAAAAUUUGGGGUAACAGGACUCUGUUAUAUCUUAAGGACCAUUUACUUUGGAUUUUUCACCUCACAUUGCCAAACUAUGCUUCCGAUCUCGCUUAGCCUCCAAAAGUAAAUACUUGUCAAAUUUUCAUGCUACACAACCUUGGUUGUUCCAUCACUUUAGUAUUGUACAGUCAUGCUUUUUGAUGAUCCUGUACACUCACUACCCUUAACUGUUCUUUGCAAUUCCGGUUUUUCAAGUUCCCUAUGAUUGAACCAAAAAAGAAACAAAGAAAAGUUCUGCUUCUAGUUAAUUUCUUUUCAGCAGCCAACAAUGAUACUGCUAGAAUAAUUGAUGGGAGGUCUGCUGCCGAGGAAAUUAAAUCAAGCAUAGCUAUAGAAGUUAGCAGGAUGAAGGAGUCAAUAGGAAAGGUCCCUGGUUUGGCUGUAAUAUUGGUUGGCCAAAGGCGAGAUUCUCUUGCCUAUGUCCGUAACAAAAUAAUGGCUUGCCAUGAGGUUGGGUUCAGAUUUUCAAUUGCUGAACUCCCUGAGAGCUGUACAGAAGACGCUGUCUGUGAUGCAUUGUCAAAUUAUAACAAGGAUGCAUCAAUCCACGGUAUUCUUGUGCAGCUUCCUUUGCCACAGGGUAGAGAGCCAUUGUUCAUCCCGUGCACUGCUAAAGGCUGCAUCGAGUUACUGCUAAGUUCUGAUGUUGAAAUCGUUGGGAAGAGAGCUGUAGUGAUUGGGAGGAGCAACAUCGUUGGAUUACCUACUUUUUUGUUGUUGCAGAGGCACCAUGCAACAGUAAGCAUUGUUCAUGCAUAUUCAGAGAAUCCAGAAAUUAUUACUCGUGAAGCUGAUAUACUUGUGGCAGCUGCUGGAGUACCUAAUUUAGUCCGUGGUAGCUGGUUAAAGCCCGGAGCAGUUGUACUUGACGUAGGAAUAAACCCAAUUGUGGACCCUGAGAGCGAACAUGGUUACCGUUUGAUUGGUGAUGUUUGCUUUGAAGAAGCAGUCAGGAUCGCUUCUGCUGUAACCCCAGUGCCUGGAGGUGUAGGUCCCAUGACAGUUGCAAUGCUUCUUCUGAACACCCUUGAAGCCGCCAAACGCGCACUUUGUUUUACUUGAUUUUAAGGUGGAGAAACUCCUAAAAUGUCUCAUUUCUUCCGCUCCAUUGGAAGCAUGGAAAUGAGAUGAAUGCUUACUAGCUCAAAUUUUGCACAAUUGGACUUGUGUCUGGUAGACCAAUCACUGUCAUUAAUCGAACCCGGCGUUCCCAACCACUUCAAGCUGCUGACCAACAGAAAGUAGCAGGUUCACUAUUUUGGGAUGAUGCACUGAGAUAAUGACAUUGGAGGACAGAAUAGCUAAUAAAAGUGAUUCCAUAAUGCAGAAAAUUCUCUUAUAUAACUAACUAUAUUUAUGUAUAUUGGUUAUCUUCUUCAGGUAACUUUUGUUUCCACAUGAGGCUGACCUUUUAAAGCUAGAAAAUCUUCUUUUUUUUUCCGAAGAAGAUACCUGCAUGUGCUUAUGCUAUGCACAUAUAGAAGACAAAGGCCCUUGAAACAGAAGGUUCACAUAUAAUAGAAAAGUAAGAAAUUAAGCAAA